AUGUCGACCACGCAGCAGCACUGCCACAGCCACUUCCAGCACUGCCACAGCCACUUCCAGCACUGCCACAGCCACUUCCAGCACUGCCACAGCCACUUCCAGCACUGCCACAGCCACUUCCAGCACUGCCACAGCCACUUCCAGCACUGCCACAGCCACUUCCAGCACUGCCACAGCCACUUCCAGCACUGCCACAGCCACUUCCAGCACUGCCACAGCCACUUCCAGCACUGCCACAGCCACUUCCAGCACUGCCACAGCCACUUCCAGCACUGCCACAGCCACUUCCAGCACUGCCACAGCCACUUCCAGCACUGCCACAGCCACUUCCAGCACUGCCACAGCCACUUCCAGCACUGCCACAGCCACUUCCAGCACUGCCACAGCCACUUCCAGCACUGCCACAGCCACUUCCAGCACUGCCACAGCCACUUCCAGCACUGCCACAGCCACUUCCAGCACUGCCACAGCCACUUCCAGCACUGCCACAGCCACUUCCAGCACUGCCACAGCCACUUCCAGCACUGCCACAGCCACUUCCAGCACUGCCACAGCCACUUCCAGCACUGCCACAGCCACUUCCAGCACUGCCACAGCCACUUCCAGCACUGCCACAGCCACUUUCAACACUGCCACAGCCACUUCCAGCACUGCCACAGCCACUUCCAGCACUGCCACAGCCACUUCCAGCACUGCCACAGCCACUUUCAACCCCUACUCGCCCUAGUUUACUUUACCCGAGAUCCUGCUGGCUAUUAA